GACUUUGUAAACAAUUCCUGUCGUAAGACCAACGUUACCCUAUCAAGAUUUUCAACUAUGUGCAUGAUCAUGUCUGUGGUUACAACAAUCACCAUUGUGGGAAAUCUAAUGGUGAUCAUUUCAGUUGUUCAUUUUAAACAACUUCACAGUCCAACCAACUUCCUUAUUCUGUCCUUGGCAAUAACAGAUUUUCUCCUCGGAAUGGUAAUAAUGCCUUAUAGCAUGGUCCGAUCAGUGACAUCUUGCUGGUAUUUUGGUGAUUUAUUCUGCAAACUACACAGUUGUUUGGAUAUGAUGUUCUGCACAACUUCCAUAUUUCAUCUAUUUUUUAUUUCUGUAGAUCGCUAUUAUGCUGUGUGUCAACCGCUUCAUUAUUAUUCAAAAAUAACAACUCCUGUAAUAGAAGUGUAUUUAUUUUUUAGCUGGUCCAUUCCUUGCUUUUAUUCUUUCAGCCUUGUUUUAUCAAAUGUGAACACUGAAGGGAUAGAAGACCAACUGGACUCCCUUUCCUGUGCUGGGUCGUGUGUUCUUACAUUCAACAAAAUUUGGGCAGUCGUUUCUUCAUUAGUGCAUUUUUUUAUUCCUGGUACCUUAAUGAUAGGGAUAUAUAUUCAUAUAUUUUCUAUUGCAAGAAAACAGGCAAAGAUCAUACAUUGUCAUCCAAAUUAUAUAGGCUCAAACACCAACAGCAAGACAUCUCUUAAGGUAGAAAGUAAAGCCGCAAAAACAUUAAGUCUAGUUAUGGGAGCUUUUGUGGCGUGCUGGCUUCCAUUUUUUACUUUGACCAUUGUAGAUCCUUUUCUAAGUUUUACAGCAUCUAAUGAUUUGUAUAAUGCGGUUCUGUGGCUUGGUUAUUUUAAUUCUGCCCUUAACCCAAUUAUUUAUGCUUUGUUCUAUCCGUGGUUUCAAAACACUUUUAAAUGCAUCAUAUCAGGUACUAUAUUUCAUGUUAAUUCAUCUUCCAUAAAAAUACUAUUUAAUUUGUAA